CAUUCCAUCAUCGCGUCCAUACACAUCGAAUAAGCAAUAAUUGCCGUGUUGUUGUCGUAAAAUUGUGAUUCACGCUUUAUCUCACAACUUCAAAUGUGAUAGAAGAACGUGCAGAGAAGGUGAAUUUUCUGCCUCUGGCUUAUCGAGUGCAGUAGGUGUCUUGGAGUGUGCCAUUGGGUCGGAUUAGGCGCAGAUCAGGGCUUUCCUGAUCCCACAGCAGAGAGGUUAUGUGUUUGGGUGGUUCUCCGGAUGUGUAAAUUAAUCAAAUUAACCAAUUUCAUCGAGUAAGAGGCGGCGGAAGCCCCCAAAAGAAGGCCAACGCUUGUGACAGGUGUAGCAGUACAGAGUCUUCUUUUGGGCAGAAUGCGAAGAAACUCAGCGCGAAUUGUUAAACUUUUCAUCCUCAUUGCUGCCGUUGGCAUCACAUUCCUCAUCUACAAAUCCUUAACCGGGCCAAUCAAUGAACUGCCACGGAAAGAGAAAGUGGUUGACCAUCCUCGCCACGGAGCCUUCUUCGGUGGACCGCCCAGAAAUGUGCACCAGAGGAAGAUCGACUGGCACGACUAUGACCUCAUUAAGAUGGACAGCGCCAAGGACGGCAUAGGAGAGCAGGGCCGCGCCGGCCUUGUGCCCGUGGAGGAAAGCGAUCUGAAGGACACAAUGUAUCGCGCGAACGGUUUCAACGCCCUGCUCAGCGAUAAGAUAUCCGUGAAUCGAUCGAUUCCCGACAUCCGACACAAGAAGUGCAAGGAGAAGAAGUACUACAGCGAACUGCCUACGGUGAGUGUGAUUGUGCCAUUCUACGAGGAGCAUUGGAGCACUCUCUUGAGGACAGCGUACAGCGUCCUGAACAGAUCCCCGCGCGAACUGAUAGCUGAGAUCAUCCUGGUGGACGACGGGAGCGAGAAGACCUUCCUCAAGGACCCCCUGGAUCGAUAUCUCGAGACACAUCUGCCCAAAGUGAAGGUCAUUCACUUGUCCGAGCGAAUGGGAUUGAUAGGAGCGCGUUUGGCCGGGGCGAAGCGUGCUGUGGGCGAUGUUCUGGUCUUCCUGGACUCCCACACGGAGGCCAAUGUGAACUGGCUCCCGCCGCUGCUGGAUCCCAUCGCGGAGAACUACAAAGUCUGCACCUGUCCCUUCAUCGACGUCAUCGCACACGACACUUUCGAGUACCGGGCGCAGGACGAGGGCGCUCGCGGAGCCUUCGACUGGCAGUUCCACUACAAGCGCCUGCCGAUCUUCGAGAAAGACAAGGCCAAUCCGUCAGAGCCCUUCGCCAGUCCCGUGAUGGCCGGCGGCCUGUUCGCCAUCAGUGCCAAAUUCUUCUGGGAACUGGGCGGCUACGAUCCCGGCCUGGACAUCUGGGGCGGCGAGCAGUAUGAGCUGAGCUUCAAGAUCUGGCAGUGUGGCGGUGCAAUGUAUGACAUUCCCUGCUCUCGCGUCGGUCACGUCUAUCGUGGGCCGAUGGACACCCGGCCGAAUCCCAGGAAGGUGGAUUUCGUAUCCAAGAACUACAAGCGAGUGGCCGAGGUGUGGAUGGAUGAGUACAAGGAGUAUCUGUACGAGAGGAAGCCUGAGAACUUCAGGAAUCUCGAUCCGGGAGAUCUCUCAGAGCAGAAGGCCGUCCGUGAGAGACUCCAGUGCAAACCCUUCAAGUGGUUCAUGGAGGAAGUCGCCUUCGAUCUGAUCAAGAAGUACCCACCAGUGGAGCCACCAGAUUACGCCAACGGUGUGAUCCAGAAUGUCGGAAAUCCUCAUCUCUGCGUUGACACGCUCAAUGUGGGCAAUGGAGGAGUCUUUGGCCUCUUUCCCUGCGCCGCGAAUCACGUCGAGCCGCAGAAGAAUCAGUGGUGGGCCCUGUCCUGGCGCCAGGAUCUGCGUCAGAAGCACGAGGAGCUCUGCUGGGACGUGUCCAGCAGCGGAAAGAACGCCAAAAUUCAACUCUGGCACUGUCACACUCAAGGCGGCAACCAAUACUUCCGCUACGAUCCCGAGAACCAGUGGAUCAUGCAGGGCGCCUACAGCCGCUGCGUCGAGGGCAACCCGCUGGAGAAGACGAUCUACGUGAACGAAUGUGAUGAGAACAAUCUGAACAUGAAGUGGAGGUGGGGCUACCUCAACGAGACCGCCAUCAGCAUGUGGGACGAGGAGAAGCGGAGGAUGAAGCACUAGAAUAGGCGCGUAAGCAAUUCAACUUGCCAAUACUAGUAUUGUAAAUUUUCAUCAUGAGAAGUUGUCUAGUCUUAAGGAAUUGAUCAUAUCACAGAAUAAAGGCUCAAACUAUUUU